AUGUUUCGUUUUUGGUUACCCAGCGGUCUUCUUGCAUCUUGCAUUGAUUUUGCUUUGGCUCAGAACAGCAACAUACUUCCAUACAUUGAUCCGCUCAUAGGCACUGGCUUCGGAGGUCAUGUUUUUGCUGGUGCAACCUUGCCUUUUGGCAUGGCCAAAGCCGUAGCUGACGUCAAUGGUGAGAACCAGGGAGGCUAUGCGAGCGACUACUCCAACAUUACAGGGUUCAGUCAUAUGCAUGACAGCGGAACAGGAGGAUCACCUUCGUUGGGCAACUUUCCUCUAUUUGCGCACCCCGGCUGUCCAAAUGAUGAGCUAGAUAAAUGCCAAUUCACGUCCACCGACAGGGCGACUCCUCAAAUCAAUGGCUCUGUUCUCGCUCAACCGGGGUACUUCACGAUCACCCUCAAGAAUUCAGUUCGUGCCGAAAUGACCGUGACAAAUCAUACCGCACUAUACCGCUUCUCGUUCCCGAAGGGCACUCCGGAGAUGCCCCUUAGCCCGCUCAUUCUGGCAGAUCUCAUCGAUUUGCCCAAGUCCAGGAGUAAUGGCUCGAUCUCUGUCGAUCCAAAGAAUGGAAGAAUAGUCGGCAAUGGAACAUUCAGCCCUAGCUUUGGUAUCGGAACAUAUGAUCUUCAUUUCUGCACAGACUUUUCUGGUGCAAGCAUUCGUGAUACUGGCGUCUUCAUGAACAACAGAGCUGGCAGUCAACCAAAGAAUCUGACUGUGGUGACUGAUGGAGUCAACAACUCACCUGAGAUACUCCCCGCUGGAGCUUGGGUUCGUUUCAAUGCACCUCAAAACAAUGCUAGCUCGAUAUCUGCUCGCGUAGGCCUGAGUUUCAUCAGCACAGCUCAAGCAUGCGAGAAUGCAGAGAAAGAGAUUCCUGACUUCGACUUCGAGGCUACCCGCAACGCUGCUCAACAAGCUUGGACUGACAAGAUGAGCGUCAUUGCAGUAACUCCGGGUACCGUCAGUGCAGAGUUUCAGACCAUCUUCUGGAGCGGACUCUACCGUGCUUCCAUCAGUCCUCAAGAUUACACCGGGGAGAAUCCUUUGUGGAACAGCACAGAGCCGUACUACGACUCAUUCUACUGUAUCUGGGACUCUUACCGCAGUAUUCACCCCUUGAUCACACUUUUCGAUCCCGAGUCUCAAGCCUUGAUGAAUCGAAGCCUACUUGACAUUUAUCGUCAUGAAGGGAAACUACCAGACUGCCGCAUGUCGUUAUGUAAGGGGUUCACUCAAGGUGGCUCCAAUGCUGAUGUCGUACUGGCCGAUUCAUACGUUAGAAACUUGACUCAAGGCAUAGACUGGGCUCUGGCAUAUGAGGCAGUCGUGUCGGACGCUGAGGACGAGCCUCUGAAUUGGGCAGUCGAGGGACGCGGUGGGUUGACGAGCUGGAAGUCCCUUGGCUAUAUUCCUGCAGACGAUUUCGAUCCUUACGGCGUGGGACCUUUCACACGCAGCAUCUCGCGCACAGUGGAAUAUGCGUACAACGACUACUGCAUUGCAGAGAUGGCGCGUGGUCUUGGACACACGUCUGACUACGAAAAGUAUGUUGCUCGCUCCGAGAACUGGAAGAAUCUCUACCGGGAAGAUCAGAACUCCACUAUCAACGGCACGGAGACUGGCUUCACGGGCUUCUUGCAGCCUAAAUUUUUGAAUGGCACUUGGGGCUACCAGGAUCCAAUCUUUUGCUCGCCUCUGCUGAAUUUUACUUCUUGCUAUCUCAACCCCGACGGCCUUGAGACCUACGAAGGCUCAUCUUGGUUGUACACGACAUAUGUCCCUCAAGACAUGGCUUCUCUGAUCACUACGCUUGACGGUGCGGAUGCUUUCGUUGCACGCCUUGACUACCUUCACGAAAGCGGUUUGCUGUAUAUUGGCGAUGAGCAAGGUUUCCUACCAGUAUACCAGUACCACUACGCCGGCCAUCCAGGCAAGAGUGCUGCUAGAGCACACUCUUACAUUCCUUCUCAAUUCAACACAACCGUCAACGGCAUACCUGGCAAUGAUGACAGCGGUGCCAUGGGCUCUUUCAUCGUUCUAGCCAUGAUGGGUCUUUUCCCGAAUCCUGGGCAGAAUGUCUAUCUCAUCACACCUCCGUUCUUCCCGGAGAUCAGCAUCACGAACAAGGUCUCCGGCAACAAGGCAACGAUUCGAAAUGUCAACUUCGAUGCUGAAUACAAGAACAUUUAUAUCCAGCAUGCUACGCUCAAUGGAGUGCCGUAUACCAAGAACUGGAUAGGGCAUGAAUUUUUCGUUGAUGGUGGUGUGCUUGAAUUGACUCUUGGGCCGGCAGAGAGUGCUUGGGGAACGAGAUAUGAGGAUCUGCCACCAAGUCUAUCUACUGGCUGA